AUGUAUAUAAACAUCUUAUAUACACGUAAGUACUGCAGUGCCAACCUCCCAAGAAUGCACUGGUUUACAAUUAUAUUGGUGGGAUCAGUGUAUCAAACACCGUCCGUAAGUACUUUUUCUGUUUCAAUUAAUGCGUCGACAAAGUCCAUAAAACCAGGAGAAAACGUUUACAUUGAUUGUACUAUUUUUGGAUUAAGCACCUUGCAGUAUUUAAAUUCUCAAGUAACGUUACUUUUGAGACAAAAUGAAAGCAUUAAAACAACAGUUAGGAUAUGGACAGAUCGAUCGCAAAACGUAACUGAGAAGUAUGGAGGGACGGUAAACUAUUAUUUAGAUGACGCAUGUCCAUUGAGGAACAGGAUCUUAGUGAGAUUCGACAUCUUCAAUGCCAGUACUUCGGAUGAGGGAAUAUAUUCAUUUUACACGACCCACAACUCGGUCACACAAUAUGAUAGUAUCAAUCUCUAUUCAGGCAAUAAAACAGAGAAGCUUUCAAACUACGUUGUUGUGCGACAAAUUGAAACUCUAGAGAGCUCUAUUCCAUAUUUUUGUUGUAAAUAUGGCUUCAGUAUCCUUGAGAACGAGUCUUUUGUAAAUUUCAUUAAUCUUCGUCGCAAUGAAUCCGCAUAUUUCCCUUUAAUCCCAACAUUUGGUACUAACAAUAAUGCCAUUGCCAUAGUCAAGCCAUGGAUAUCUUAUGAAGGGUGUUACAACCUUACAAUAGACAAGUCUUCGGAAAUGGACUGUACAAAAAUCAGUGUUAUAGAUUGGACGACGAACAAAAACUCGCUUCCCCUAAUUGGGAUAAAGAGGAAGAGAUAUUGUGUUUUACUGGACAAAAGUAUUAAGGAAACCUCAAAACGUGUUUCCUAUAGCUAUUGCCUAGAAGAUGAAAACACAGAGUCAGUGAAUUAUAUAGAACUAUUUUCCAUGAUUGAGAAAAGACCUACAUUGCUGGAAGAAAUAAAUUCAAGUUGUAUGGCGGCAUACACAGUUAAAGAAGCUAAUGCAAGUAGGCUCUAUGGAAUACCUUGCUAUAAUUCUUCGAGGCAUUGUGAUGCAUAUUGUUUAGAAAAAGACAGAUCAAACGCUACUUACCACGGUAACUUAUCUUGGAGUGAGGCUAUGGACAUAUGUAUUAGUCUAAACAAAUCUCUACCAGGAAUUAACUCCGAUUUCCUCAGCACCUCAAUUGACCAAGAAAACAGAUCUGUGUGUCUGGCCGCAUACCAAAGCUCAUCUAUUGUGUUCCAACCAGUCAUCAAGCAAAUAAACAAAGAUGGAAACAUAACUGCCCUUCCUUCUGAUAUCGGUUUAAGCCUUCCUUUCAUAUGCGGAGCUAACCCAGAUACAGAAAAGCCAGACUAUUGUGUUGGCACUACACGGGCUGUUAAAACGGACUCAACUGUGUUUACAACGUCUAAAUGUUCUAAUAAUGAGAAGGUGUCAACAGAUAAUGACUCUAAACUGAUCAUGAUGAUACCGAUGACUGUUCUUGGAUUCCUGCUUAUCGUCGUUGCAGUUGUUUGGGUCAUCCACAGAGUUCAUAGAAAAUGUGGAACUCGAAAUGUAAGCGUUAUUAAUAAUGAAUACAUCUAUUCAUAUCCCAGUGAAACACAAGAAGUAGCAACAACAAUCAUUAGAAGAGGACUGGAUAACAAUUUCAUUAACCAAACGGAAGCUUAUUCGGAUCUUCGCAAUGAAACGCAUUUUAACAAUGAAUACACACUGACUGAUGAAAACGAUGAGUAUGAUGUCUGAAGGAGCAAACGGGAAAAUCACGAUACUUCACCUGAUGCUAGCAUUUAUGACCGGGCAAAUAACUUAGUCAGUGGAAUUGAUGACAGCACUUUGAGGAGAAUAGAAAACAACGGGAGUGAAACAUUUUUAAAAAACACAUGAACAUAAAUAUCUACAGUUGUAAAUAUUGUGUAGAUAGAAAUAAUCAUUAAUCACUUUCUAACGAUUGAGAUGUAUAUUUUGAUUUAAAUUAUGUUUUAUAUGUAAUGGUAUUUCGACGAUUGGGCCUUCCGAUAUUAUAAGUAAUAAGGAGGCUGGAUUAGAAAAUUACUUAAGAGAUCUAACUACAAAAAAAUCAACAUAAAUUUAGCAAUGAACUUCAUUACACAUAAGGCAAAAUCUAAAUGUGAUUUCAAUUUAAAUAUUUUUUAUAUCUUUAUUCAGUGCUUUUUGUCUUUAGGAAAUCGACAUAAUCUAAAAAUAAUAAGUUAAAAUACCUCCCAUAUACCCGUAUUAAUGUUGCAAAAAUUGCAGAAUCACUUCGAAACGAUUUUGGAGAAAAGUAAUGAAGAAGCAUUGAAAAUAACAGUCAAAUUAUUUAUAACA